GCUCAACCGGUGCAGUUCGUGUUAACCUUUGUGACAAUCUAAAGGGAUCUGUUAGAAGAAAUAGUUACGAAUUAUCUUGUAGUUACAUCUAAAAGUGUUAACAAUAUUUCAUAACUGAAAGAUUGAAGUGAUAAAUAUUAGUGAAGAACUCAAGUGUCUUAUACUGGAUAUCAGACUGUUUUUAUUUAAUUCAAAAAUAUUAGUGAAAUCAUGGUGAAUAUGGAAGGCUCUAGUGAGCAGCAAACAGUGACAGCUUCUCCACCUCCUCGUACUACCUUAAAAAGUAGCUUCAGCAUUCGGAGUAUUUUACCUGAAGCUUGCACUGGAACUCCAUCAACACCUUCAGUUCAUCAAUCCGUCUCUCCAGAUGUCUCACAUGUUGAAGAUAGUGAUGAUUCUAGUGAUUUGGAUGUUACUGGCGACGGAGCUGAAACACCACCUUUGGAUUGCUCCAGAAAUGCUUCAUCAGAUAGUCCAACGAAUCAACAAAAUCAGCAAAGUGACGAGAAGAAGAAGGCUGAGAAACCUCCUUAUAGUUACAACGCUCUUAUCAUGAUGGCCAUUCGUCAAAGUCCUGAAAAAAGAUUGACUCUCAAUGGUAUUUACGAGUACAUCAUGCGUCACUUUCCGUACUACGAAAACAACAAACAAGGCUGGCAAAAUUCUAUCAGACAUAAUCUGUCGUUGAACAAAUGUUUUGUCAAAGUACCUCGCCAUUAUGAUGAUCCAGGCAAAGGCAACUACUGGAUGUUAGAUCCUAGCUCUGAAGAUGUCUUCAUUGGUGGAACUACUGGCAAAUUGAGAAGAAGAACAACAGCAGCUUCAAGAUCACGUCUAGCUGCUUUCAAACGAUCUGUCGUAUUAGGAGGACUUUAUCCAACUCCUUAUGCACCACCUGGCUGGCCAGCAUCUUUGUAUACAUUACCAUAUUUGCAUCGUACUGGUUAUCCACCAGCAACUGGAGCUUAUCCAACACCAGCAGGAUACCCAGCAAGUUUACUUCCUGGAGCCACCAACACUACCAGCAUGCCAUGCAAACCACAACCACUCUCAGCAUCAGCAGCACCUCAAACUCAUGGUGCUUUCUCCAUGGAAAGGCUUCUCCAAGCUCCUGUUGGUUAUCCUAGUGGUCUUUCUGGACCAACCAUUCCAACACCAACGAGUCCAUACGAUUUCUACGCCACUUUAAGAAAUUUGGCAGCACAUCAACAACAUCAAACUGUCUUUGGUCAACAACCACGGUAUCAUUUGGGUCAACCACCUCUUCCUAGCCAACCUACAUCAACUACAGCAUCACCAGGUAGCAGUCCAGAACCAAUGUCACCACAUUCACCGCCUGUUUCUAUCUGUAAUUCCGUCGGACAACAACCUAGGCAACUUCCACUUAGUUCAUCACAAUUAUUGUUAAAACCCAUCACUGUUCUUUCUGGAAGACAGAGUUGAAAUCCUAGUGAUUUAGCCAGGAUUGAGGUAAAUCACUAGCUUUGCACCGAUUAAACUAAAUUAACUCUGUUCUAAAAAGUGAUUUAAUUAAAAAGAUGUCAUCUUAUCUGUACACAAUUAUGAAAUUAUGUAUAUACAUCAGUCCAAUGUUUUAGAGCAUUUGGAUUUAUUUUGUAAAUUAAUAUUUUGUACAAAUUUUCAAAUGGCAUCUUUUUAACUUGCAAUUACCAAAUUUGAGGCUCAUUGUAAAAUUAAUUAUCGCCUCCCCAGUGAUUAAAUAAAAUUUAGAAAAAAUAUAUAUAUUGUGUAUAUAUAAAAAUAAUUAUAUAAUUGACAUAAUAUCAAAUUAUGUAGUGAGUCUAAUUAUUCAGAUCUCUCGUUAAUAAAUAUCCAAUUAUUCUGGAUGUUGAGGCAAUGAAUGAAUGAAUUGUUAAAAUAUUGUAUAUAAAAAUAAAAAUUAUUAUUUCAUUAUAUUGCUAAUUAUGACAUAUUGUAAAUAAUUCCAAGUCAAGCAACAAGACAAGUAUGUCUGUAUAAAUGUGAAAAUAAAUG